UUCUACGUCCGCUUUUCUGAUUGGUCGGAUAAAGCCCCGCUCCUUUCGCUUGCUGGAUUCCCAUUGGAUGUUAGCGGCGCGGCGUGCGGGCGCGAGGCUUUGAACGCUACGCUUGGCGGCGUUGCCAGGGAAACGCGCGGCCUAGGCGGCGCCGCCGUCGCUCGAGUUCGCCUCAGUCUUGCUUGCGGCCUUUCCUCAUGUUUCUUUCGAUUUACAACUAAUCCCUGAUUUCCAUGCUAUUUCUUUUUAUUUACAACAAGACUACGCCUCUGCCCUCCUGUCGCCAUGGUGACAAGCGAUUUAUGAAGGAAAGGAGGAAGAGGAAAAUAACCAGUCUUGAGGCACCAGAGAUGCUACAUGACAACAUCAUAGUUGAUGCCACAACAAACGUGUUGGUCUCUAAGUGCCACAAGGUUGUUUGGUUUCGCCUGCAGAGAGGAAUCCAAAACUCAGUGAUACCUGAGGACCAGUGGAGUCAUUACAGUGGCAGGCUAGAAGUAGAGAGAUGCUCCUGAAGAUUCCCAAUCCACCAUGAAGCAGGGAUUUGGACUAGAUUGACCCUUUUGGUCCCUUUCAGCUCUCAAGAUCCUAUGUAUAUUGGCUGACUUCCAUCCAGGCAUUUUAUCUUAUUUUACUCACAAGACUUUUCUGAAGCUGACAUGGGUGGUAGGAACUAUGGAUGCCAUUCCAAGCUCUUGGGAGGAAAGAGAGGAUAAAAAUGUAAUAAACUUUGAGUUGAAGAUGGCCUCAUGUUUGUACGAAUGCCUGUGUGAGGCAGAACUUGAAAAAUAUUACCCCCAUUUUACUGCCCUUGGUUAUCAGAGGAUCGAUGAACUUGCCAAGGUCUCCAUGAAAGAUUAUGCCAAACUGGGGGUACACAACAUGAAGGACCGCAAGCGUCUUUUCCAGCUCAUUCGAAUCAUCAGAAUGUUGCAGGCAGAAGAAGCAACAGCAGGGAGAAAGCAGACGGGUUUCCAGGCCGGUGCUGUCCGCCUUCAGCCACAAGUGUCUAGGUCUGGCCCCCGGAGACAACUCCACUUUGAUUCCCUGCCAGACGAAGGAGAUGGAAGGAAAGAUCUUGAACCUGGACCGUGUGCAUUAUCUAGUUGCUUUGGGAGUGAAGAUAAAGAGGAUUUAGCUGCUGUGUUGAGCAGUCAUCAAGCUGAGUACAAAAGACCCAGGAAAGAGUCUUCAAUGUGGACAGAAUACAAAGUGGGUGUUCCAGUUAUCAGCUCAUCGAGUGAUAUUGCCCCUCUUUCAGGGGAGAUUGAAGCCCCCUUUGUCCAAAGAAUAGCUCAUGUUUCUGGUUAUAAUUACGGAGUGCCACAUUCUUGUACCAGAUCUGUUUCUUCCGAGAAAGAGGCUCCGUGGACUGAAACAGACAAGAUCCGUGUUUGUGUGCGAAAGCGUCCCCUUGGCUUGAGAGAGGAGCGGCGUGGAGAAGUGAACAUCAUCACAGUGGAAGACAAGGACACACUCCUGCUCCAUGAGAAAAAGGAGGCGGUGGACCUCACCCAGUACAUUUUGCAGCAUGCGUUUUACUUUGACGAAGUCUUCGGGGAGGCCUGUUCCAAUCAGGAUGUGUACUUGAAGACUGCUCACCCCCUCGUCCAGCACAUUUUCAACGGCGGCAAUGCCACUUGCUUUGCAUACGGGCAGACGGGGGCUGGCAAAACCUACACAAUGAUUGGCACUCACCAAAACCCAGGACUCUAUGCCCUGGCAGCUAAAGAUAUCUUUAGGCAAUUGGAAAAAUCACACACCAGGAAAGACCUUCAUGUCUGGAUCAGCUUUUACGAGAUCUACUGCGGGCAGCUUUAUGACCUGCUCAAUGGAAGGAAAAGGCUUUUUGCACGGGAAGAUAGCAAGCGUGUGGUGCAGAUUGUUGGGCUGCGUGAGAUCCAAGUCAGUACUGUCAACCUACUUCUAGAGGUGAUUUUGAAAGGAGGGAAGGAACGAAGUACAGGGGCAACUGGAGUCAAUUCCGAUUCCUCCCGCUCCCACGCCAUUAUCCAGAUCCAGAUUAAAGAUCCAGCAAGCAGAGUCUUUGGGAGAAUCUCCUUCAUUGACCUGGCUGGGAGCGAGAGAGCAGCUGAUGCCAGAGACUCUGACAGACAGACAAAAAUGGAAGGGGCAGAAAUAAAUCAAAGCCUCCUAGCUCUGAAAGAAUGCAUCCGUGCCUUGGAUCAGGAACAUGCUCACACUCCCUUCAGGCAAAGCAAGCUGACUCAGGUCCUAAAAGACUCUUUUGUUGGCAACUCCAAGACAUGUAUGAUCGCCAACGUCUCGCCCAGCCACAUUGCGACAGAGCACACCUUAAACACCUUACGCUAUGCAGACAGGGUGAAGGAGCUGAAGAGGGGCAUGAAGUGCUGCACCCCACUUGUGAACAGGCGCCGGGCGACGGCAAACGUGUCUCCCAAACGCAUCCAGAGCUCUCCUUGCGCACAAAGCGGUGAGAAGAACUCACCAAAGAAAGUAAAGCUGGGGCUUCAGCACCCCACCUUGUCCAAGUCCAAGGCUUCACCAGGGCAGUUUCCUUUCUCUUCUGUCCCAAAAGGACAGGCCCGCAAAGGGCAUUUGGGCACUCAGGAUUGGCAUAGCUGCAGCACCCCAAGGGCAGGAGCACCGGCCAAGAAGGCACCCGAGGAUCCAUCUCUGCCUUUUGAGAAGAACCCGUUUGGGAAGGACUUUGUGUCCAGGAGCGCAGGGGUCAAGUGCCUGAAAGUGCAGCCUGUGCAGAAGCAACUGGUGUCUAGAGAGGACUUUUCCCUCGGCGACACCAACCGGCCCUCGGUGGCCCCUGCGGAGGAAGGAGGGAGGCUCUUUAUGGAGCAGUGCAAGGCGGCCUGGGCAGAGCCCCCUCCACACCAGAGAGACCGGGAGCAGCACCUCCGCCUUUAUCACCAGCAGUUCCAGCAGCCUCCGAUCCUGCAGCAGAAGCUGAGCUACCAGCCUCUGGAGAGGUUUUUAGCCCAGUACAAGCCCCAGGAGGUACGGGUGAGAGAGGAGGCCCCCGCCCCGACCCCUCUCUCCCCUCCGGACUGCGAUGAGACAAUGCAGCUGGAAGACCUGGACGACAGUGACUUCAGCGAGGACUCCUUCUCCCCCGGUCCGAGCACCAGGAAAGUCGAGGUGCAAGCUAAACGGGAAUGCAGCCAGGGUUCGUUCUUCCUCCACCGGAGAGAGCAUGAAGCCGAAGGCCAGGAAGUCCAAGCUGGACAAGAACUCUUUUCCAAACAGCCUGAGCUUGAGGAUCAAAGGAGAGAAGCUUGGUCAGGGAUGGAGGAUUCUGCCAUCUGCAAGGAAGACUGUAGGAAUCAGUCGGAGUGGAGCACAGAGGCAUCUGCAGCACUCAGUUCCUCUCUGAAGAAUGAUACGCCCGAAAAACCUUACUGCUCGCAGGAUGACAGUGUUGUAUGUAACAGCAAAAGCAAAGAAACCCUGCUCAGUCCAAAGAAGCCCAGAUGUUCAGAUCUACCUCUAACCUGUCCCGACAAGUGCUUCUCUGUUGUAGAAAAUGCAAUGCAAAGUCCAUUUGCCCACCUGUUGGCAUCUGCAAGCCCCAUAGCGGAUGGCCUGAAAGAAGAAUCUCUUCAAGGUAAACAUGCUCCUGUGUCAGAGACUGGCAGGAAAAAGUACCCCCACAAAGGAACAGACCUUGAUGAGGCUCUGAGUUGUUCAGGGGACUUUGCUGGAGAGACGGCUCCCUUGACAGUGUCCCUCCUCGACCCUGAUAGUCCAGAAGGCCAGUCCGUACAGGGGCAAAGAAAGAAGCAGCGCCAGGAACAGGAGGCACAGUGGGAAAAGAAGCCCUCCCAGCCCAGAAAGCGAUGGGAUGAAGACCCCAGGAGGUUCUUCGGAAACCAAACAUCCCCUCCAUCCAUCAGGCAGGAAAUGGAUCACUGGAGAGCAGCUGGUCCAGGAGCUUCUCCACCAGCCAGGUCCAGGUGGCUCUCACAGUCUCACCUUAAUCUGCAGAAGACGUCUCCUGCCUUCGGAGUGGAAUCAGCCUUAAAUGAACUUGAGAGCUCUGUUUUUCAUAAAUAUCCCUCUGGAGCCACAGGCCUGGCGGAUCUUCUCUCUCCAGGCUCAGAGAGGAAGGGCGAGGAGGACCCUCUGCUUCUUAGUAACCUCCAGUUCAGUGACUAUGUGACCAGUCCACAAUAUGAUGCCGACACGGAAGCAGCUAGGACUGGCUCCUUGGCCUGUUUCAUCUUGGGGGAAGAGGACAGCACCAAGCCAGGCGCACAAGUCAAACAUCCCGACAUGGUGGGAAAGCCUUUCAUCCCAUUGCCCAUCUCUGAUCAUGCAGGAAGCAAAAAGCCCUCUAAGGAAGGCAUUCCCCUGCCAUCCAGUUUGGCAUUCAGGAAAGGGGACCCUGACUGUUCAGAAGAGGCAUUUACAUUGAUGUUCAGCAGCGAGGAAAUGGCACUCCAGAGUAAAGAAGCAUUGGGAAGGCAAUCUGUGCUCCAGAUCCAUCGGAAACAACUGGAUGAAAUGGCAAACCUGUGUUUUCGGGAAGAAAGUCUGAUCCGUAAGAUGCCAGAGCUGGACUUUGAAGACUUUGUGACGAAGCUGGACGAAAUCUUGACCCUGAAGUCCAAGUGCAUCCAAAGGAUGCGGACCCAGCUGCAGCCCUUCCUGGCUGCUACUUCUUCCAACGAGGCCGCACUCCUGCCAACUUCCCCAACAUAGCCGUGAUGAAGCAACAAAGGCAUCAAAUCCUUCAUCUCUGGCAGGCAGCAAAGACUUGAGAGGCACCUGGUAUGUUUUGGAAGACUUAAGAAGAAAAACAGCCUGUGUGUGUUCCUGUUUCCUAACCCUCACCUAUAACACACGUGGUCUUUUCAUCGCUGAUGACAAGUGACUCCAUACGAUCAUUGGUUCUAUUUCCAGCUCAUGCGUUGAAAAAAGGAAGUUAUCAGCUCUAAAUGCAUGAACUGCAGCAAUAUAGGGCCUUCUAGAGUGACUGAAAUUGUCAGGUGAGUGACAGGGCCUGUUGUCAGCAGUGCAGAACAGGUUCCCCGAAGAGAAUUUGUACGAAUCAUGCCUAUAAGCGAUUAAUCCCCUUCUCCCAGUACCAAAUACACCUUGGCUGUUGGCUGGAUAAUUUGGGUUUAACCUUUGCAGAUUUGAGUAAUACAGUCUACUCUAGAAAUCUCUUAAGUCUGCCAGCAUGAAUAUAUGGUUAAUUUCCGGCAGAAGUUGAUCAUAAAGUCACACUGGAGGAUCCUACAGCAAUGUUCACUCAGGUUUUUUUAAAAAUGAAUGUUUUAAUUGGCAUUUUUUUCACUUUUGUGGGGAUUGCGUACCCUUAGCCCCAGCAAAUGUGUAGGGCUGGCUAUACACAUUUUCUCUCUAUUUAACAUGCAGGUAUAUUCUGGAAGUUUCUCACUCAGGCCCACCCAUGCCCCCUUUGCGUAGAUACAGUGGCAGAAGCACCAGAGAUCACAGCAAGAUCGGCAACACACCUGCCAUGUUCUUUAAAAGAUGCAACACAUGCAGGCUUGGUCCAGGUAGCCAUGCUGCAUUCAAAAUAGCAGUUCUCCUUGAGAGAGGAAUCAUGUCUGUAGAAUUCUUCCCUGACUCCUCAUUUCUACAAGUAGACAAGAUCCAAAAAGUCCUUCCUGCUCAUGUUUGCAAACCGCACAUCCUGAUUGCCGAAAUGAUGCCGCAGUCCCAUGAGUGGCGUCAAUGGAGCAAUUUGCAUUUACUGUGUGUUACUGUUUCUAGAGGCUCCUUGUUUAAAAAGAAUGAAUGUUCUCAGAGUUACACAAACUGCUGAAAACUCAAUGAUUGAAUUGUAAUAUGCAUGUCAUUUUUAUACUGAUGAUUAUUUUGCUGAGUUGAUUUUUCUUUCAUUAAAAGGUCUUAUUUGCUA